UUAUUUGGUCUUUCUUUCCCGUGUCCAGAUUUCCCUUUCCCGUGUAUCUCUCUUAGUUCUUUCUCUCCAUGCUAAGUCUUUUCACUCUCUUUCUCUCUCUCAAACUCAAACCCUUACUCGAUUCAAACACACCAUCAAAUUCAAUGUCGCUAUUUCUAAACACUACCAACGUUUUCUAACUGACGCCACUUGAGCGGCGCCACGUCAUCACCACCACCACUACUCCUAUAGCCACCGCAGCCACCACCGGAACAUGGUCUUCAAGGGGAGAUUCUUUUCCUCCAAGAAAUCCGAUUCCGAUGGCUCCUCCAACAGUCCCCGAUCCCUCCCCUCCAACUCCCCUUCCAGAUCCGACAAGAAGAAGUCCAAAUCCCUAACCCCUCCCGCCGCCGCCGCCGCACCCGUCGCGUGCCGGCAGACGCAGGUCAAGGACGCGACCACCAAGAAGAAGGACGCAGUUAAGGGGAAGGAAGGUCAGGCUCAGGCUCCACCUGGCGGCAAGGAUUCCGCGUCUUCAUUGAAGUCUAAGAAGUCUUUGACGGCGGCGGUGGCGGCAGCGGCUGCGGCGGAAGGAGGAGUCAAGGAUUCUACGUCGCCGUCGCCGUCGUCGUCGUCCUCGGUGUCGGUGUCGCCGAUCCUGGCAUCGUCGCUAGGGUUGAACAGAAUCAAGACGCGAUCGGGGCCGUUGCCGCAGGAGAGCUUCUUCGGGUUCAGGGGAGAUAAAGGACCGGCUGCGGCUCUCGGUGCUAGCAACCUUUCGAGGCCUGGAGGUGGCGGCGGCGACGGGAGUUCGGGUUCCGGCAGCGGCGGGAAGAAGAAAGAGGGCAGAGUAGGGUUUCAGGAGGGUUUCGCAGCGGGUUCUGGCACCGGUUGGAUUGAUAAUGGGAGCAAUUCAGAUAGUAUGUCCACCGGGAGUGGACCUUCUAGGGAGCAGAGCCCGAUUGUGUUGCCAAGGUCGCGGCUGCAGAACGGAGAAUCAUCCUCCGAUGCAGGGAGACAGACUUCGUCAUGGGCUCACACUGGAGGGGUAAGAGGCCCUGAUUGCACUCCUGAGACAGCAUAUGAUUACGAAAACCCCAAGGAAUCUGAAUCUCCUCGCUUUCAAGCUAUCUUGCGGGUCACAAGUGCACCCCGAAAGAGGUUUCCCGCAGACAUCAAGAGUUUUUCUCAUGAGUUGAAUUCCAAAGGUGUCCGACCUUUUCCGUUUUGGAAGCCUCGAGGGUUAAAUAAUGUGGAGGAAGUAUUGGUUGUUAUAAAGGCAAAAUUUGAUAAGGCAAAGGAAGAAGUGAACUCUGAUCUGGCUAUUUUUGCAGCCGACCUGGUUGGAAUUCUUGAAAAAAAUGCAGAUACUCAUCCUGAGUGGCAGGAGACAAUUGAGGACUUGCUGAUUUUGGCUAGGAGCUGUGCUAUGUCUUCGGCUGGGGAGUUUUGGCUGAGGUGUGAAAGCAUAGUCCAGGAGUUGGAUGAUAGGCGUCAAGAGCUCCCUCCAGGGAUGCUAAAGCAGCUUCAUACUCGAAUGCUAUUUAUUCUUACUAGGUGUACUAGAUUAUUGCAGUUCCACAAGGAAAGUGGUUUGGCCGAGGAUGAACAUGUUUUCAAUCUCCGUCAAUCUAGAGUCUUGCAUUCUGCUGAAAAGGCUGUUCCCCCUGGUUUGGCAAGGGAUGUUAAAAGCUCUAGUGCUGCAAAAGCCUCAAAGUCCUCAACCAAAAAGGCAUAUAGUCAAGAACAAAGAACGUUGAAUUGGAAGAAAGGAGUCACACAANNNUUUGAGCCUCCUUCAGGGAGGGACCGGAUGGCUUCUUGCAAGAAAUUCCCGUCGCCAACAGGGAAAAGCCCAAAAGAAGCUGAUCAGUUGAAGGAGCAUGGUUAUGGAAAGGUUGAACCACCAAAAACUUCAAGUAGUAAGAGAUUCAGUUCCGAUGGUGAUCUUUCUUCUGCUAAGCCACCUGAGCUUCUUCCUGCCAAAGAUUCCCAGGAUCAUGCUUCCAAGCACCACCAUAAAGUUUCCUGGGGAUACUGGGGAGAUCAGCAGAAUAAUAGUGAGGAGAGCUCAAUAAUUUGUCGUAUAUGUGAGGAAGAAGUAGCUACUUCACAUGUUGAGGAUCAUUCAAGGAUUUGUUUAGUUGCUGAUCGAUGUGAUCAGAAGGGUCUGAGUGUUAAUGAACGUCUUGUUAGAAUUGCUGAAACACUAGAAAAGAUGGAGUCAUGUACACAAAAGGAUACCCAACAAAUAGUGGGAAGUCCAGAUGUUGCAAAAGUGUCAAAUUCAAGCAUGACUGAAGAAUCUGAUGUAGUUUCCCCUAAACUUAGUGAUUGGUCUCGCAGAGGAUCAGAGGAUAUGCUAGACUGUUUCCCCGAAGAUGAUAAUUCUGUGUUUAUGGAUGACCUAAAGGGUUUACCACUUAUGUCAUGUAAAACUCGUUUUGGUCCGAAGUCUGAGCAAGGUAUGACAACAUCAUCUGCAGGGAGCAUGACUCCUAGGUCUCCUUUAAUGACACCAAGGACAAGUCAGAUUGAAAUGCUCUUGGCAGGAAAGGGUGCUUACUCCGAACAUGAUGAUCUGCCACAGAUGAAUGAACUUGCUGAUAUAGCACGCUGUGUUGCAAACGCACCUCUGGAUGAUCAUCGCUCAACAUCAUAUUUAUUAUCUUGUCUUGAUGACUUACGAGUUGUUGUAGACCGGAGGAAAUUUGAUGCACUUACUGUGGAGACCUUUGGAACACGUAUCGAGAAGCUGAUACGUGAGAAGUAUUUGCAGCUUACUGAGAUGGUGGAUGUAGAAAAGAUAGAUAUGGAGAGCACUGUAAUGGAUGAUGAUGUCAUCUUGGAAGAUGAUGUGGUCCGUAGCUUGAGAACAAGCCCAAUCCAUUCUUCAAGGGACCGUACCUCUAUUGAUGACUUUGAGAUCAUAAAGCCUAUAAGUCGUGGGGCAUUUGGACGGGUUUUCCUGGCCAAAAAGAGAACAACUGGUGAUCUUUUUGCAAUUAAGGUUCUGAAGAAGGCUGACAUGAUUCGUAAGAAUGCUGUGGAAAGUAUAUUAGCAGAACGUGAUAUCUUAAUUACAGUUCGGAAUCCUUUUGUGGUUCGUUUCUUCUAUUCUUUCACAUGCCGUGAGAACUUGUAUCUUGUAAUGGAGUAUCUUAAUGGAGGUGACCUAUAUUCGUUAUUAAGGAAUUUAGGUUGCUUAGACGAGGAAGUUGCUCGCGUGUAUAUUGCUGAAGUGGUUCUCGCAUUAGAGUAUUUGCAUUCACUACGAGUGGUUCAUCGAGACUUGAAACCUGACAAUUUACUGAUCGCUCAUGAUGGUCACAUUAAGCUAACAGAUUUCGGGCUUUCCAAAGUCGGUCUCAUCAACAGCACGGAUGAUUUAUCUGGUCCAGCAGUGAGUGGGACAUCCUUGCUUGGGGAGGAUGAGCCUAACAUGUCUACAUCUGAACAUCAAAGGGAACUGAGGAAGAAAAGAUCUGCUGUAGGUACCCCUGAUUAUUUGGCGCCAGAGAUUCUUUUGGGAACUGGACAUGGGUAUACGGCUGAUUGGUGGUCUGUUGGGGUCAUUUUAUUCGAGUUGCUUGUUGGUCUUCCACCUUUUAAUGCAGAGCAUCCUCAGACUAUAUUUGAUAAUAUUCUUAAUCGUAAGAUACCUUGGCCUGCAGUUCCUGAAGAAAUGAGUCCUGAAGCUCAAGAUCUUAUUGAUCGAUUAUUGACUGAAGAUCCUAACCAAAGACUUGGAGCUAGAGGUGCAUCAGAGGUGAAAGAACAUGUUUUCUUUAAGGAUAUAAAUUGGGACACACUUGCUAGACAGAAGGCUGCGUUUGUUCCUGCCUCUGAGAGUGCUCUAGACACUAGUUACUUCACUUCUCGCUACUCAUGGAAUACUUCAGACGGUCUUGUAUAUCAUGCAAGUGAUGCUGAGGAUUCUAGUGAUGCUGAUAGCUUAAGUGGUAGCAGUAGUUGCUUGAGCAAUCGCCAAGAUGAAGUGGGAGACGAAUGUGGGGGUCUUGCUGAGUUUGAUUCCAGCUCAUCAGUCAACUACUCUUUUAGUAAUUUCUCUUUUAAGAAUCUCUCCCAGCUUGCAUCAAUCAACUAUGAUCUUCUCUCCAAGGGAUGGAAAGAUGAUCCACCAGCAAAUCCCGGAGCAUAGCUUUCUUUUCUUCUGUCGAAGUCCAGAAUUCGGUGUUUAGACAUCGUCCAAGCAAUUUUGGGUGCACAAGCACCUUUGUCAUCUGUACACAUUGUAAAUAAAUUCUAGAAGCUCAAACUGAUUCAGGAUGUACUCUCUGCUUAUUAGGUCACAGGAACUAACACUGGGUGGUUUUCAAUUUUUCGGUUUUGUUGUAUUGUAUGAAUUUGAGGACUGUAAAUGUUAAAAUGCAUACCAGUGUUGGUUGCUCACAUUGUUUCUUGUGGUGCUUUCAUUAAUAUAAUGCAGCACUGAGGGCACAUCCCUUUUUGUUCAGCUACUGUAAUAUUAUUUACUUGUAUAAUUGAGAUGUUGUGAAUUAUCUUUCUAA